AUGACGUCAUUGGAAGUGCUCUUCCUUUUCGCACUGUGCAUUAAUUUGCCCUCAGGAUAUCAUGCCCUGGAGAAUCGUCUGAGUCCACGUGAAGAGUUCCGUCCUCGUUUUCAGAACGAGAUUUCUCCCAUCGAAAAUCCGGGGAACUUGGCGCAAACUUCGCUCUUUGUUUCUAUUGCGUUGGCCGGAGUGGCGAUUCUGAUCAGUACGGCGAGUGUGAUCAUCGCCUGGGUUUUUGUUCUAUCGGUUCAUUUCAAGGUGAGAAAAUUAAACGUAUUUUUUUGGGAAUGGAGCUGAAUUUUAAGAUUUUUUCAUUUGUUUUGCAAAAUUUGAGAAUCUAAUCUUCUUCUUUUCAGUACAUUCAACCCUGUCGAUUGGCGGUUGGCAAGCUGGAUCGCUGCAUUUGGUUGAUGGAGAGACGAAUGCUCGCCGACGAUCUCUUGGACCGGCUGAUAACGGAGGGCAAAGUCGAUGUGAGAAAGAAUGACUCCGAAGCCAACAAAAUCCUAGGAACUUUGCAGUAG